AUGAAACAAAAAGAUUAGAUAAUUAAUUAAUUAAUCAAUCUUUGGAAUGCAAAUAAAUAGGAUAUUUAUUAAGAUCAUAUGGCUUAUAAUUUUCAUAGAACUAAAUAAAUCACACAGAUAUAACAAUCUCAAACAAAUAAAUAAAGAAAGCAAGCAUUGCUAAGUUAACAUACCAGAGUACAAUUCUGA